GAUUGAAAAGCUGGUGUAUCUUCAUAGCCACCAAUUGAAAUUGCAACACCACAACUGUUUGGAAUGUAAAACUGCAUUUUAAUGUCAUGAUGGACCAGGAGAAGUGGGCUAAUCUGAAUCCUUCGGAGUUUUCUCAGCUUCAAAAAUAUGCAGAAUAUUCAACAAAGAAAAUUAAGGAUGUUUUAGAAGAAUUCCAUGGCAAUGGUGUGCUAGCAAAAUAUAAUCCUGAAGGGACAAUUGAUUUAGAAGGUUUCGAGUUAUUUAUGAAGACCUUUCUUGAGGCUGAUUUACCAGAUGAAUUUUGUAAACAUCUCUUUGUAUCUUUUGGAAACAAAGCUCCUCACAGCAGUCCUUUGGUAAAGAAUAAAUCACCAUUCCUUCCAGGAGCUUUGCGAAUUGCUAAAAGCAUAACUACACAACAUCUUCCCACAAUGCACAUACCAGAAGUAAUCCAGUUGAAAGAUAUUGUUUGUUAUCUUUCCCUUCUUGAAAGAGGAAGACCUGAAGACAAACUAGAAUUUAUGUUUCGCUUGUAUGACACAGAUGGAAACGGCUACCUGGAUAGUUCGGAACUUGAAAACAUCAUUACUCAGAUGAUGCAUGUUGCAGAAUAUCUUGAAUGGGAUGUCACUGAACUCAGUCCAAUUCUUCAUGAAAUGAUGGAAGAAAUUGAUUAUGAUCAUGAUGGCACAGUUUCCUUGGAAGAAUGGAUCCAGGGGGGAAUGACUACGAUCCCACUUUUAGUGUUGCUUGGAUUAGAGAAUAAUGUGAAGGAUGAUGGGCAGCAUGUAUGGAGGCUAAAACACUUCAACAAGCCUGCCUACUGUAAUCUCUGUUUGAAUAUGCUCAUAGGAUUAGGCAAACAGGGUCUCUCUUGUUCAUUUUGCAAGUACACUGUCCAUGAGCGAUGUGUCUCAAGAGCACCAGCAUCUUGCAUCAAAACAUAUGUGAAAUCAAAAAAGAAUACUGAAGUUAUGCAUCAUUUUUGGGUGGAAGGAAAUUGUCCAACAAAAUGUGAUAAAUGUCAUAAAACUAUUAAAUGUUACCAAGGAUUGACCGGGUUACAUUGUGUGUGGUGCCAAAUCACACUACAUAAUAAGUGUGCUUCACAUCUAAAGCCUGAAUGUGAUUGUGGUAUUCUGAAGAACCACAUUCUACCUCCCACCUCAAUAUGUCCAGUAGUAUUGGAACGCCAAGCAACAAUGAAAAAAGAAAAAAGUAGCUGUCAACAAACAAACAAAAUAGUUGAUCGAAGCAAGAUGCAGAGAGCAAAUUCUCUCACUAUUGAUGGUCAAGGCCUUCAGAUCACACCAGUUUCAGGUACUCAACCACUUCUAGUUUUUGUUAACCCUAAAAGUGGAGGAAAACAAGGAGAAAGAAUUUAUAGGAAAUUUCAGUAUCUUCUGAAUCCUCGUCAGGUUUACAGCCUUUCAGGAAAUGGACCAAUGCCAGGAUUAAAUUUUUUUCGAGAUGUUUCUGACUUUAGAGUAUUGGCAUGUGGUGGUGAUGGAACCGUAGGUUGGAUUUUAGACUGCAUAGAGAAAGCAAAUUUGAUUAAGCAUCCUCCUGUUGCUAUUCUCCCUCUUGGAACUGGGAAUGACUUAGCCAGAUGUCUGAGAUGGGGAGGAGGAUAUGAAGGGGAGAAUCUUCUCAAGAUUUUAAAAGAUAUUGAGAACAGUACCGAAAUCUUGCUGGAUAGGUGGAAAUUUGAAGUCAUACCUAAUGAUAAAGAUGAAAAAGGAGAUCCUGUGCCUUACAGCAUCAUUAAUAAUUACUUUUCAAUUGGAGUGGAUGCUUCAAUUGCUCACAGAUUUCACAUUAUGCGAGAAAAACAUCCAGAGAAGUUCAAUAGCAGAAUGAAGAAUAAAUUUUGGUAUUUUGAAUUCGGCACUUCUGAAACUUUCUCUGCUACUUGCAAGAAGCUCCAUGAAUCUCUGGAAAUAGAAUGUGAUGGAAUUCAGAUAGAUCUGAAUAAUAUUUCUCUGGAAGGAAUUGCUAUUUUGAACAUUCCAAGCAUGCAUGGAGGAUCAAAUCUUUGGGGUGAGACCAAGAAAAGACGAAGCCAUCGUCGAUUUGAAAAAAAUAGGCCAGAUAAAAGGAUCACUGUUACAGAUGCCAAGGAAUUGAAGUUUGCAUGCCAAGACCUAAGUGAUCAAUUGGUAGAAGUGGUUGGCCUGGAAGGAGCCAUGGAAAUGGGACAAAUAUAUACUGGACUGAAAAGUGCAGGAAGACGUCUUUCUCAGUGUUCUUCUGUUGUCAUUAGGACUAGCAAAUCUCUGCCUAUGCAGAUUGAUGGGGAGCCAUGGAUGCAAACACCUUGUACAAUAAAAAUUACUCACAAGAAUCAAGCUCCAGUUCUGAUGGGGCCUCCUCCAAAAACUGGGCUCUUCUCUUCCAUCAUUAAAAGAACAAGGAACUAAAGCGAAGAGUAGUUCAAACUCUACAAAAUGAAAUGAACAGGGAUGUAGACUGGAAAUCUUUCAAGGGUUUUUAAAAUAUUAUCUACUGCAUAAUCAUAGAAGCAGGAAUAACAGUUGCUGUGACAGAGCUAAUGUAAAAUGAUGCUAUUAGAAUAAUUUGUUGCCACAGUUUUGUAGGCAUUUUGCAUGAAGAAAGCUAAUGUUUACAUAAACUGAUAAAACAUAUUUUUGUUGCAUGCAUUACAGUCACUAAUUUACAGUAUAAAUAUGCUAUGGACGGGGGAGGAGGAAUUGCAACACUGUUAGAAAUGAGAUUUUCAUACAAUAUGAUCCUCAACCUGCUUGCUUCAGUUUUUAGAUGAGAUAUUUAAUUCCUUGGACCUCUUUAGACCUUUACUGAGGAAAAUAUAGAGAGAUUUGUUAUAGCCUUACUACUUACUGUAUACCAAUAAAUAACACUUCACCAGUUGUCUCUCUUAAAUAGAAAUAGUCCAGAUUAGUGUGGAUCCAAUUCAUUUCAAGACUGAAAUAUGAAAGAUUCAUUUAUUUUUUUGUGUUUAGCUUCACUCAGAAACAUAUUUAACAGAUAAUGCAUUCCAUUAUCUAUAUGGGGAUUAACUUUCAAGAAUGUUUAGGAUUAUGUUGUUUACAUUUCACAUUGUUAUCACAUUUAUAAACAUUUCCACCAAUAUGUAGGCAUAAGAGUAGAAUUUAAAUAAAUUUUGCUAACUUUUUUCUGAAAUAAUGAGCUGUUUCACACAUUAUGGAAGCAACCCCAAUUUUUUCUAGCACUGGUUAAAUCUGAUUCAAGCCAUUUUUGUCUCUCCAGUAAAUAUAAUUAUCUGAUUCCUGUGUUUUCAAAUAAUUGCCACAGUCACAUCUCAUUAUAUUCUAUAAAUGGAAUAAUCAAAAAUUAGCUAGUAAUGUUUGAUCUUUUGAUCUCCGUUUUAAACAUUCUCCACUGCACCAGAUACAGUUAAAAAUAAGCAAAUAACAUGCCUAAUAAACAACAUUUCUCUUUCCAUCAAUCAAUAUAGUAAGUAUAUGAGGAAUUAGAUCAAUGGAUAAAUAAUCCAUUUUCUGGCUAAGCUUCAUUUUUCCAAUCUCAUACUUACAUUAAGCAUAUGGAAGUAACUAUGGAAGAACAGGGACUGAAAUUCACGACUAAUAUCCAUAGAGGUUCAUAACUUUGUGUAAUUAUUUAAAUCUCAUCAGUGAAAGAUUACUAGGUCAUCUUAGAUAUAAGAGUAUUAAUAUGUGGAUAGAACAUAUUUAUUGUGGCAUUUUAUGUAGUAUAAAGUAACAAAUCAUUCACUCAAGAGCUUCACUAUAUCCAGCAGCAGCUUGUGUAAUUGAUGCAAGCCCUUGUUCUAUUCUGUAUAUGUCCUUGUGGGACAGAGUUUAAGUCCUGAUGCUGCUUUCAUUGUUUUGAUGGAAGUAGUAAGAGCAAAGCCACAAAUGGAAAGAGUAAUAUCAACCACAUUACAACAGGGGACCCAUCUUAAAAUUCAGCUGGUUUCCUGGGACCUUCAAGCCUAGUCUUGAGGAAUUUACUAUUUUAUUCACCUUAGAAUAAUACAUCUUCUAAGUGUCUACCUUUCACAAGAAUACAAGAGACCCAGUGGAAAUACAGGAUUUGGAAAACUCUUAAGCCCAUUUUAAUUCUUAAGGGUUCUAAAGAAGUAAAAGAAGAUUGUGGAAGCUCAGUUCUCCCUUUAUCUCAGUUUUCAUAUACAUAAUAGGGAGUGACUGUUUGCAGCCUUUUAUAUCUUUGGGAAUUAUUCAUAAAUUUUAAAACCCAUUUUUCUAGAACUCUAAAUGGUAUAGAAAUACUGUGUAAUAUGCACAGUAAAUUUAAGAUCAAUUGCGGCAGAAAGCAGGUCAAAAUGCUGAGAUACAGAAAAUUAUUUUUGCUAUUCUUUUGUAUAUUAAAUAAUGGGCAAUCUUUUUACAAGUUCUCCAAACCUUAUUAGGUUUUAUAUUCUGACAUGAGAUAUCAUGCCAGACCCUUAAAUGUAUUAAGAUUUUAGAAUUCUCUUAGGAGAUUGCUAAAAUCUUGCAAGAAUUGGGAUGCUUGUUUUUAAUUGAAGGGUUGUGAACAGGCCAUCAUGGAAGAUUCUGCCUUGCAUUUGAAAAAGUUAGUACUGCAGUAUUGAGAUUUAACAUACUUACACAAUUGAACAACAUGAAAAUUAUGUGAAUCCAAUAAUUUCUACUGAGGUUGUUCUUUCUCUUUUAUGGCCUCAUAAAAAUGCAUUUAAUUGCUUCAAGGCUGCAAUACACUUUGUGUGACCUUAAUAGUACUCCCUCCUGGUGAAGCCCCUCUUUGCUUUAGCAUUGCUAAUAUUUUAUAUGUACAGCAAAAGUCUUUGGAUUGAAUCUAGACUUAAUCAGAAUAGACAGAUUUAAGAGAUAGGUCUAUUUCAGAGUUAUAUUCCAAAUGUCAGGUAAGCAUGGGAGAAACACUUUGUGAUUUAUUUUUCUCUUAGUUGAGAAUUGCUUGAUUUGUAUUGUUGUAUCUCUUCUUUUUCUCAAGCUUGCUACUAUAAAAAAAUGUUUAAAAUGCAUGGAUUAUUAAUAUCAUUAUUAAUCUAUACCAUAUAUUGCUAGUUAUCAGUCAAAUGUCUUUUCAAGUUGAUUCAUUCAUCUAUAUGAAAUGUAAAAAGUAUUCACAUGUAAUGCACAAUGUGGUACAUAUGCACAUGUUACAGAAUUUGAUUGAUUUUGUCUGUAUGUAAUUGAAGAUAAAUCUAGAGAAGCCAUUAUUGGUUAUGACAGGAACAUGAAAAUAUUCUUAAUACUCAGUAAACAUUAGCAGAAUACCAAUUAAUAUGGCAUUCAAGUUGAGAAAUAAGAUACUAGUCACCAAACGUAAGGCUGUAGAGUUUAACAACCAUGGAUACUGUGAUGUUAACAACUAUGUUACAUGCAUAAUAGUGAAAGUAUUAUCAUUCUCUUAUGAGCUACGUGAAAAUGUCCACUACAUUUAAUACAAUGCUUAUCUAUUAUGCUUCUAAGGUAAAUAUAUCUCAUUUAGUAUCACAUAAUGUGUAUGUACAUUUAUGAAAUUAUAGCAACCACAAUAAAUA